AAUCUCUUUAUUACGUAUAUAUAUAUAUAUAUGCAUGUAUGUACAAUUGCCAAGUGCGAUUGCGCGCGCCUCGGUACAACGGAGGAUGCUGGACGAUGUAUCCCGUAUCGCUGGACUUUCCUUACGUCUUGUUGGAACGUGAGGAAAUCAACUCGAUCCUGUACAAGCCAAUCAAUUCCACGCAACGAAUUAAGUAUACAUGUUUCCAUGCUUCCACAAGUUACAUUGUGCUGGGCUCGACCAGUGGCAGUGUUUAUUUGUUCUCCAGAGAACCAUGCUCAUUUUUACAAAUAGUACCUCUCUCGGAGGGUGUAGUUUCGCGUCUGGCGAUAUCACCUGACGAAAAGACUGUAGCCUUGGCAACAACACGCGGCACCGUCUGUCUAGUCUCUUUGAAGUCUACACCGCAACUGAUGGCUGUGUCCACGGAACACAUAUGUAAACAAAUCACCUGCCUCUGUUGGAACAACAACAGUGCUGAAAUAUACAUAGGAGAUGAAGCUGGCACCGUUUCCGUCAUGAUUCUAUCCAUAUUUACAGUUAACGGAAUGUUUCAAACUCCGGCCUGCACGCUGAUGAGUUUGGAUUCCAGCGUGGUACAGCUGAACUUCCUGUCGCCCCUUCUGCUGGUGUCCACGUUGUCGCGCUGUUACAUCUGCGACACGGUUCAAGAGCAGUACAAACAAAUAGGCAAUAAGCCGCGUAACGGCGAGUUCGGCGCGUGUUUUUACACGACGCACGAGAACAUUAUCUCUGAUGUUCAGCGCGAAGAGAAAAACAUCAAUAACACACGAGGCGCGUUCAAUCUGAUUUCCGACAACCACAGCAACAAUCUGAGCGAGAAUCACUCCAAGAUCUUUUGCGCCCGGCCUGGCUCGCGAUUGUGGGAAGUGUCGGCCGAUGGUGUCGUCGUGAAGACGCACCAGUUCAAGGAUGCUCUCGCCGUUCCCCCGACGCCGAUAUUUCGAUCGUGCGACACUCUGGAAUCUAGUCACAAGACGGAUCGCGAGUGGUCCUCGCAAUCCGUCAACUUCUCGCAUCUGUCCGUGAUCGCGCGCAAGUAUUUAUUUUCCUACACUACCAGCGGCCUGUACGUUAUCGAUCCCGCGAGCGCGAGCGUGCUGCUGUGGAACGACGAGCACACGAACAUCAGCAUGACCGCAAUCGUGGACAAUCGAAUUUACCUGAUGACCUGUGAUAACGUUUUUCAUUGUCUAGCAUUAUCCUCACUCGACAGCCUAAUAUUGCGUCUGUAUCAUCGCGAACGGUACAGCGACAGUCUUCGCGCGUGCUUUGUAUAUAAGUCGCAGUUGUUGAGAGCCGUCGGCACCAAGGAGAUCGUCGAGCUGCUCGAGCUGGAAGAUCUGCCGCGCACGUCACGGGACGAGGAAUCGCUCGCGUUGCUGCGGCCGUUGAUCACGUUACUGCAAACCAGCGGUGGCAAUAACAGACCGGCUAAAUUAGAUUCCGGAAUCGUGGUCGUACAUCCCGAGAACGACGCGUUCGCGGACGAUAAAAAGUUGUACGGUCGCGAAAUGACGACCGUGUCUCCCGAAACGUCGAGCGAAGACUCGUCCGAGAUACUGGAAACUGCGAGAGAUCUGAAUGAGGGUCUCGCACCGGAAGACGCGCCCGAAAUCGCUUUGGAAGAUACUCUUCAUUCGAACUACGAGUGCGGUACUACCUCAAGUGACGACAAUCGUCAAAAGUCAAAUUCGCAAGAGAACGUGGCUCAUCGAGUGCAGUCCGAUUUGCAGCUGAUCUACGAUCUGGCGAACAGCAUCAGGCCUAGCAUGUCGGAGAGAGAGAUCGAGGAGAUCGUUUUAGAGAUGGACAAGAGAAUGAGAACCGUCAGAGAGUCGUACAGAGACUCGUCCGGGCUGCAGAAUUUCAUCUACGAGGUAACUCGCGCCGCGGAACUUCAUUGUUACAACACGUUUCUGGAGAACACGUCCGGGCAGUUGCUCCGCACCACCCGCAACGAUUACAUCGUGCGACAAUUCGCGAGAGCCUUUAUCGAGGUGAACGCGCCCGCUUACGCCAGAUGCAGUUGCGGCUAUCCCUGUCCCAUGGACGAGGCCGUGGAGCCGAAGUUUCUGACAAUCGGCGAGUUGCUGAUCAAACGACACGCGAACGAGACGCCAGAGGAGUGCGGUAACAUCUGCGAUAAAGUACCUUACAUGUGGCGCGAGUAUCUGGCGGUUUGCGUUGAGCGGCGCAACACACUGGACGACCUUUUGAGACAGUGCCUUCAAACCAGAGACAACGUCGUGCUGUCGUUUCUCCUGCCCGCGCUGAACGAGCAACAGUGGGGCUGCGUGAACAUGUGUCUGAACGAGAUCGCGGACGGUACUUGCCUGUUCUGCGCGAUGCCGUUAGCGAGGAAACCCGAUUACGACGUGCUGAUGGACUGGAGCGGUAUCGCCCGAGAAAUCAUGAGGAGAGAGGGACCGGAUCAGGCCGCGGCGUUUCUGACCAAACUAGAGAGCAUGAUACCGAACGUUAAAUUAGACAGAAGCGUGUUCCAGUCGAUCGUAUUUACAAAAAUGCUGCACCACCGCGGUCUGAAGAAGUCAAUUGACUUCAGUAAAACUAAUCAGUUAUCGUCGAAGUUCGGUACGGUGUGCUCGGCACAGGUUCGCGAGCAACUGGCGAAAACUCUCGAGAAGGAUCUGAGACGGGCGAUAGACAAGAACGUGUUCGGGACGAGCGCUCAUCACUGGGGUAUGCGCUACCAAACGAAAUCGUCGACGUGCCCGUGCUGCACGUUGUCUCUACAGACACCGAUACUACUAGGUAACAGCGGAAUCGCCAUCUUCCGUUGCGGUCACGCUUACCAUGUAAAUUGUAUGAUAGAGAGAAAGCUCACGAGAUGUAAUCUUCAUCAGUAAAUAUUGUAAAUACGAAUAAUAGAGAGGAAAACAAAAAAGAAGAGUCAACACGCAAUUGUACAAUUUUUCUUUAGAGAUUAAAACUCUCUUCGAAACGUGA